AUGAGAAAACAAGUCCAAUUCAGUUCGAUCUGCCUCUUGGUUUUGCUCUCAAGCAUUGCUUUGGCUUGUACGAUUUUGAUGGUGGAAGCCAAACCAUGCACGCCAAGCGGCAAAAUCAGAGGAAAACAAGCACCAAGAGACCAGUGCGAUCCUCAUACUGAUGAUUGCUGUCAGGCAAACAGAGUUUACAAAACCUUCGAGUGUUCGCCUCCUGUUUCUAAACACACAAAGGCAAUUCUGACUAUAAAUGAUUUUCAGAAGGGUGGAGAUGGUGGUGGACCUUCUGCGUGUGACAAUAAGUUCCAUUCCAACAACACACCAGUGGUGGCUCUAUCCACAGGAUGGUUCAAUGGCUUGAAAAGGUGCCAUAAGUACAUUACCAUCUUCGGUAAUGGAAGAAGUGUCAGAGCCAUGGUGGUUGAUGAGUGUGACUCAACGAAGGGUUGCGACUCCGAUCAUGGUUUCCAGCCACCAUGUCAAAACAACAUUGUUGAUGCCUCUGAAGCAGUUUGGAAAGCCUUGAAAGUCCCCAAGAAAGACUGGGGAUCAAUGGAAGUUUUCUGGGCUGAUGAUUAG